GCUGUAGUCUGAGGCACACAGGCCCCCCUCAGUCAACACAUAGUCAGAGAAAGGAGAGGGCCGUGAAAACUAGGGCACAGCAAAACUGACCCCUUUCCCUCAAACCAGAGGCACAGAUCCAACAGAGAGAGACAGAGAGUGAGAGGGUAUAGGCUGGGGAAGAGAGACAUUUGUGGAAGGCUGUGUGGCUGUUAAGGAGUGAAGCCCGCGAAAAUCCACCAUCGACAUCCCCACAAGUCCGAAGUCCCCACAAGUUUGACGUCCCUUCAAGUCUGAGCCAAGUGAGGACCUCGGUGCUACCCAUUUCUUCUUCUUUGGACAUCUUCUUGUCAGUGUUUCCACGUAUAAACUGCACCAUGCACAAGCGUACGAAGGUGAAGAUCACGUUCUUUGUGAUCCUGGUGGGCAUGGCGUCCAUGUUUACGGCGGUGGUGACGGACCAUUGGGCCGUGCUCAGCCCGCAGGUGGAGCAAGUGAACGCGACGUGUGAGGCGGCCCACUUUGGCCUCUGGAGGCUGUGUAAGAAGGUAAUCUACAUCAGUGAGGCGGACUACAAUGGAAAGGGUUGUGGCCCCAUCAGCCUACCUGGAGUGGAGAACUGCACCUACUUCAAACACUUCACUCCAGGGGACGAGUCUGAGAUUUUUGAAGUCAAAACCCAGAAAGAGUACAAUAUCUCGGCAGCGGCCAUCGCCAUCUUCAGCCUGGCCUUUAUGAUCCUGGGCACCUUGUGUCUCCUGUGCUCCUUCAAGAAGGGGAAUGACUACAUCCUCAAACCUGCCGGAAUGUUCUUCGCUUUCGCAGGCCUGUGCGCCAUCAUCUCAGUGGAGGUGAUGCGUCAGUCGGUGAAGCGGAUGAUCGAGAGCGAGGACACCAUCUGGAUCGACUACUCCUAUGCCUGGUCCUUCGCCUGCGCCUGCGCUGGCUUCUGCCUCCUCUUCCUCAGUGGCCUCGGCCUCCUCCUGCUCUCCAUGCCCCGCAUGCCCCAAAACCCCUGGGAGUCCUGCAUGGACGCUGAACAGGAAGUGGAGUAAUAGACGGAGAGGGAAGAGAGGAGGAAGAGAGUGACACUUUCUUUAAAAGCAAUAAGAUCACGAUCAAGAUCAACUUUGUGCCGUUAUAUAGUGGAACCAGAGGGUUCUUUCACACAGUGCUUGGGAGCAGUCGAGGUCGUCGACGCCCCCCCCCAUCCAUCCAUCCAUCCAUCAAACUGAUUUAUUGCUGAUAAAAGGCUGUGCGUGAUGAAGUUGUGCACAUAAAAAUAACUUUUGUGGUUCAAUUCCAAUGUACCGAAUGAAAAAUACCGGCAUUGUACCGGCAUUUCCUGUUUCCAUCUGCCCAGUCGUGAUAUAUUCAAGCGUCAGGUAAUUCAUCAGCAUGAAAUGGUUGGAUGGAAGCCUGGUUAAUUAUACAUUUUGCCAUGUUAUUUAAUGGCAUAAAUAGUAAUGGAUUGACAUUUGACCUAUGAAUUCACCUUUUCUGCACUCUGUGUUUUGUAUGAUAAUUCUGUACAUAACGCAAUCAAUUUGUAACUGAGAUGGUUCUUCUGUUAUUUUCAGUGCAUCAAGCACUUGCAAUGAAUUUAUGUCAAAUGUAUUCAGGCAGAUUUCAAGAUAACCCAGGAACUUGUUAGAAUCAGAUGCCAAAUGAUUACUUAAUGAUUAAAUAUUUAAUAUUAUUACAACUCCUUAAAAAAUAUAUAUUCACAGCAUACAUAACACUAAUUGUGAUGUAAAGAAGUGAUAUCAAAAUGAUCCGUUUGAUUUCUAGAAUUUCGGUCAUGCUAGAUUUAUAGUGACAAUUAUUUAUUUUCAGUAUUCAAAUGGACUUACUUUUAUAAGAAUAAUACAUGGACGUCACAGCAAAUUAGAGAGGUUGAAGCUACAACUAAUGCUGUCUGGUGGGUUUAGUGUGCAUACCAUGCCGAAUGAUAAACAUCAACAGUCUCUGAACCAGAAUGAUAAACAUCAACAGUCUCUGAACCAGAAUGAUAAACAUCAACAGUCUCUGAACCAGAAUGAUAAACAUCAACAGUCUCUGAACCAGAAUGGUAAACACCAACAGUCUCUGAACCAGAAUGCUAAACACCAACAGUCUCUGAACCAGUGAUUGCUUGGGUUGCCAUGUUGGAAAAGGUUCAGUUCUAGCAGGUGCACACCAAACACUAACCCCCCCCAGCUUUUUAGAGCUGAACACAUGGCAGCCCAAUUUCUUUGACUAUUUGAUCCCAUUCAAUUUAGGAGCGCUCUAUUUUUAAUCAAGGUUAGGUAUCAAUUUCUUCUCUUUCUUAUUUUAGUUAGUGUCUGAUGCAUUUAAUUUAAAACUCCCAAGGUACUCAGUAGCCAACACUUUCAGGGGCUUUCAGUUCAAAUGAUUAGGGAAAAACUCAGAACCUUAAUAUGUACCAUCUAGAUCCAGUAUAUGGCUUUAAUAUAUAUUUUAUCCUAAUGUCCAGUCUUCAGCCAAACUAAACUGGACUGCUCUCCCUGGCUUGCUACCAUUCAUCUUUGGCUUCUAUGGACAGGCAGGAAAUAGGUGUACUGUAAAAACCCAGUGGGUACAUUCUUUUUGUUAUGGAUGAUACUGCUUUUGUAUUUACUCAGUGGAAGUGUUAAACUAGGAUUCUUUUUGAUACAGAAAUGUACAUUACUAAUGUCUCAAAACAAGCUUGUUGAUAAAGGUAUUGGCAGUUUGGUACUUAAACGCUACAUAAGACUUCAUGAAUGUAGCAGAUAAAAACUUGCUUAGCCAUCUUAUCUGUCCUUGUCUGUUAGAACUAGCUUUUUGUAUGCAAUGAUGAAUUACAGUACAGUGGUUGUCUUUAGUGGUGUGUACAUGUUAUGAUAACCACAAAACCAUACAUUUCGAAUUAAAAUAAAAACACUGAUAUCUAGCUUUGAUGAAAGCCA